UCGUCUUGUCGUUGCGCAAAGCAUUGUGUGUCACUGUCCAUACAGCCCUCCCACAGUCAGACAAGCGGGAUAGAGUGUGAGCCAUGGUGCGCUCCGCCCUAUUCGUGUCGCUGCUCGCGACCUUCUCCGGAGUCAUUGCCCGUGUCUCCGGGCAUGGGUCAAAGAUCGUUCCCGGCGCGUACAUCUUCGAAUUCGAGGAUUCACAGGACACGGCCGAUUUCUACAAGAAGCUCAACGGCGAGGGCUCAACGCGCCUGAAGUUCGACUACAAGCUGUUCAAGGGCGUCUCCGUCCAGCUCAAGGACCUAGACAACCAUGAGGCAAAGGCCCAGCAGAUGGCCCAGCUGCCUGCUGUCAAGAACGUGUGGCCCGUCACCCUCAUCGACGCCCCCAACCCCAAGGUCGAGUGGGUUGCCGGCAGCACGGCGCCUACUCUGGAGAGCAGGGCGAUCAAGAAGCCACCGAUCCCGAACGACUCGAGCGACUUCCCCACGCACCAGAUGACCCAAAUCGACAAGCUGCGAGCCAAGGGCUACACGGGCAAGGGCGUCAGGGUUGCCGUCAUUGAUACAGGCAUUGACUACACCCACCCUGCUCUCGGCGGCUGCUUUGGUAGGGGCUGUCUGGUCUCCUUUGGCACCGAUUUGGUCGGUGACGACUACACCGGCUUUAACACGCCUGUCCCCGAUGAUGACCCCGUCGACUGCGCCGGCCACGGUUCUCACGUUGCUGGUAUCAUUGCUGCGCAGGAGAAUCCGUACGGCUUCACUGGCGGCGCUCCCGAUGUCACCCUCGGCGCUUAUCGAGUCUUUGGCUGCGACGGCCAGGCCGGUAACGAUGUCCUGAUUUCCGCUUACAACCAGGCCUUUGAGGACGGUGCCCAGAUCAUCACUGCCUCCAUUGGCGGUCCCUCUGGCUGGGCUGAGGAGCCGUGGGCCGUUGCCGUCACCCGCAUCGUUGAGGCAGGUGUUCCCUGCACGGUCUCUGCCGGCAACGAGGGCGACUCUGGUCUCUUCUUUGCCAGCACGGCAGCCAAUGGCAAGAAAGUCAUUGCUGUCGCCUCCGUCGACAACGAGAACAUCCCUUCAGUGCUGUCCGUGGCCUCUUACAAAAUUGACAGCGGCGCUGCCCAGGACUUUGGCUACGUCUCCUCCUCCAAGGCGUGGGACGGCGUGAGCAAGCCCCUGUAUGCUGUGUCGUUCGACACUACUAUUCCCGACGAUGGCUGCUCGCCUCUCCCUGACAGCACUCCCGACCUCUCUGACUACAUUGUCCUUGUCCGCCGUGGCACCUGCACCUUUGUCCAGAAAGCCCAAAAUGUCGCUGCAAAGGGCGCCAAGUACCUGCUCUAUUAUAACAACAUUCCCGGUGCGCUGGCCGUCGAUGUCAGCGCCGUCCCCGAGAUUGAGGCUGUCGGCAUGGUCGAUGACAAGACGGGUGCUACCUGGAUUGCCGCCCUCAAGGAUGGAAAGACCGUCACCCUGACACUGACUGACCCGAUCGAGAGCGAGAAGCAAAUUCAGUUCAGCGACAACCCGACAACUGGCGGUGCUCUGAGCGGCUACACAACCUGGGGCCCUACCUGGGAGCUGGACGUCAAGCCUCAGAUCAGCUCUCCCGGCGGCAACAUUCUCUCCACGUACCCCGUGGCUCUCGGAGGAUAUGCCACCCUGUCCGGUACCUCCAUGGCCUGCCCCCUGACGGCGGCUGCUGUUGCUCUGAUUGGACAAGCUCGUGGCACCUUUGACCCUGCCUUGAUCGACAACUUGUUGGCAACGACUGCGAACCCCCAGCUGUUCAACGACGGCGAGAAGUUCUACGACUUCCUCGCCCCCGUUCCCCAACAGGGCGGUGGCCUCAUCCAGGCCUACGAUGCCGCCUUUGCGACCACUCUCCUGUCACCGUCCAGCCUGUCGUUCAACGACACUGACCACUUCAUCAAGAAGAAGCAGAUCACCCUCAAGAACACCAGCAAGCAGAGGGUCACCUACAAGCUCAACCACGUCCCCACCAACACCUUUUACACUCUGGCACCCGGUAACGGCUAUCCAGCUCCCUUUCCUAACGACGCCGUUGCCGCUCACGCCAAUCUCAAGUUUAAUCUGCAGCAAGUGACCCUGCCCGCCGGCAGGUCCAUCACUGUCGACGUCUUCCCUACUCCCCCCAGGGACGUCGACGCCAAGCGCCUGGCGCUUUGGUCGGGCUACAUCACGGUCAACGGCACGGAUGGCACCAGUCUGUCUGUCCCGUACCAGGGCCUCACCGGCUCCCUGCACAAGCAGAAGGUGCUCUAUCCGGAGGACUCCUGGAUCGCCGAUUCCACCGAUGAAAGCCUGGCCCCUGUUGAGAACGGCACCGUCUUCACCAUUCCCGCGCCGGGCAACGCUGGCCCCGAUGACAAGCUCCCAUCGCUCGUCGUCAGCCCUGCCCUUGGCUCUCGUUAUGUCCGCGUUGAUCUCGUCCUCCUGUCCGCGCCUCCUCAUGGCACCAAGCUCAAGACGGUCAAGUUCCUCGACACCACCUCCAUCGGCCAGCCUGCCGGAUCACCGCUCCUCUGGAUCAGCCGUGGCGCCAACCCUAUUGCUUGGACCGGCGAGCUGUCUGACAACAAGUUUGCUCCCCCUGGAACGUACAAGGCCGUGUUCCAUGCUCUGCGUAUUUUCGGCAACGAGAAGAAGAAGGAGGACUGGGAUGUGAGCGAAUCUCCUGCCUUCACCAUCAAGUAUGCGUAGGGUAGAUGUAAGAGGGUUUCUUGAGGGGUAAUAUUCAGAUCA